CGGCUAUGCAGCCUCACUUUCAACUUGUUACGACAUGAAUCAAUUCAGUCGCAAAAACCAAUAUUGCGGAAGUAAUGGAGCAAUACCAACAGACAGCCACUGGCACAGCACGCCAUGCACUACAGUUGCCUGACGAAGACCCUGAUAGUACCGUCGUUGAUCUGGACUUGACCGGCGGAGACACUGAGUUUCCCCUAAAGAUCGGAAAACUGCUAAGAAGAGAAAGACAUGCCGACGUUUAUUCAGUCUACCGGAAUAAUUCCAGCAUCAGAGACAUGAAAACAGAAGCGCGUGCUUUCAUUAUCGACGGAGUUGCUGGAAAACUGAAACGACAUCGGAAACGAUGCAUGCAACGCCUAGGACCACGAACUUUAUUGAGUGUGUCAUGCCGCGGAGCAGAAGUCAUAGUAUAUACAGCCAACUACAACGACUGGCUUGUUGCUGCCGAGGAAGACAAGGAUUCGAAUGAAACUUGCCGAAGCGAGCUAGUUCCGAUGGGAAAAACAAGUUAUAAACGAGAGGCAGCACGAAUGCGACAGCGGGAACGACGCCGAGCGAGAGCAGAUCAAGAACAUUCCUCAAGCCCACAAGAUGACGAGCUCAUCACAGAUGAUACAUCACUGAGCGAAGAUGCCAUGGUGACCUUUAAAGCCGCUAUCCUGUUGUAUAUAUUCUUUGACAAGCAAGGCCGCGAACGCCCGGUCAAGGAACUAUACGUUCCUAGAAGCUGCAGAGGGACACCUAAGCUCAUGAACAUGUAUUCCCUGCGAUUCCUCCUGGGAUCACCGUCGUCAAGAUCCAGAGAUAUGCAUACAACAAGUAAUAUGGAGAAGUGGCCGAGGCGCGAGACACUUCAGCAUCUCAAAGAUCUAGAAAGGCAAUUUUCCAAUAUGAGUUAUCGACAGCUUUUCACUGGGGUUCACUCUGUCCUUACCACGUUCUCUCCUUUGGACCUACGUUCAGUUCCAAGCAGUAACCAUCGGUCUGAUCUCCUUCAACAUAUUCAAACAACUCUGCCCAUACUUAUCGAUAACUUUCAAAUCAUGACUCAAUGACGGAUGCUGAGUAAGUCUCGGAAUACUUUACUUUUGAAUUAGUGCUCAAACAGGCUGUGUUGGAUAAAGCGUCAGCUUUCGGUGUGGCUGAAAUAACUGGACUAUUUGUACUUGUCUACAUGCAAAUCAAAUAAAAGCAGUAACUAUACUGUGAAAGACAUAAGUCUCUUACAUACAAGUCAAGAUAACC